AUGACAUGGCACAGGGUGGCUUCGAAUGGGCUCCGGCACCCUGCGAUCGGAUUGUACCUUCUCUGCUGUGUGCUGCGAGUCGAAUCCCUGCAGCAUGCAGGUGGGGAGGCUUGGCCACUCACGCUGCUUGCCAGUGGAGAUAGUCUUCCACUGGUUCUCAAGAUUUCGACAUCGGACCACAGCGCUUAUCGAACUUUGCAGAGUGAUAUGACGGUGCGGAUCACUUCUCGCGAUGUGUCGGUACUAGCCUUCGAUGCUGGACUUGCGCAGUGCCAGGACAUCAUGACAGAGACGGUGAACCUUCCCGCCCCACACACUUGCGCGACAUCGUUCGACGGGUCGGCUCUUUACCUGACCUUCUUCGCAGACUAUGCCUUGCAGCCGGCCACGACUUAUCUUUUCGCGACACGACUCCGACUGCUGGCUCCCGGAACUAUGCGUCAGCGGACGCUGCUCUGUGAAAUACUGGAGGAUUUCGAGGUCAUUGACAGGUUUGGCAUUGUGAUCGGCACCAUUGCUGCCAUGCCACCGCAGCCGAGCCUCCAACUCUCAGAGUUUCGGCUCUCCGCGGCCGCCCUUUCUCGCGAGCAGGAGUUCGUCCUCGAGGUUCGCUUGGCCGCGGCCUCCGCUGCAACGGCUGUGGACCCCGGGGCCCAGGGCAGCGUGCUGAUUUGGGCCAGGCCUCUGAUGCUCUGGGAUUUCUCUGCCGUGAGCCCCUGCUCCGUAGAGAUCGGCAGCGGUGCCUCCGGCCUCGUGGGGGGAGGCACCUGCACCUUCCUGCGAUUCCCGGAAAGCAGCACAGCGGCGGUGGCCGACAGCAUCGGGCUCAAUGCCACUUUGGCUCAGUUUCUAGGAUGGUCUUCUCGUUAUGCGUCUUUCCGAUUUCAGGGCCGGAUUUCUUUGAACUUUGCCCCGUGCGAAGUCUUGAGUAGAUGA